CCUCCUCUAGGAACCCUUACCGGACUCUGUCCCUCCCUCUGACCCUGACCCGACUCCACUGGACUGGGUGUGUCUGUGGCUAGCUCUGUUCUCUCCAAAGACUGGGUUGCUCCACCAGAACCUGGCCAUAGCCGAGGCCUUUUGGAAGUCCAGCAUGGGUGAUUGUUGAAUGAAUAUGUGAAUGCGUGGCUUGGGCGGCAACCGAGUUGAGACCAGGAAGCGAGUUGAUGAGAUAGCAGUCAUUCGGGGUGUUAAUGGGGGACAUGUAGUCACUGGGUUCCAGCAAGAGAGAAGCAGGUCGCCCCUCCCCCUCCCGUGAGAAUCCUGGGCCUGAGGUCUUGCAGGGGGGGGGGGGGGGGGGCGUGUCUCUGUGUCUUCAUUCUUCCCCUCAGCCUUGCACCCGGACACCAGUUCCUCUUCCUCUGAGUCUCUGGGUGCGGAUCCUGAGGAGCGCCCGGGACCAGAGUGAAUCCGCUGAGGGUGCUGACCGCUUGGGCCCUCUCGUGCAGGUCAGCCACCACGCAGCCGUCCCGCGCCAGAGCCUUCCAGCACCGCCGAGGCAAAAGCGUGGCGGUGGGACCACAAAGGCUAAGGUCGGGGCUUGGAUUCUGGUGUCUCUGCCUAGGUUGCUUGGAUGGGGGGCGCCCUGGUGUGGAUGCCGUUGUUGCCUCUGCUGCUGCUGCAGGAUCCCGGCAGCCAAGGAUUGUCAUGCAACGUGUCCUCGUCGGACGUGGACUGGACCACAGAGUUCACAGCCACAUGCCUGAAUUUCAGCGGCCGAGGCCUGAGCCUGCCCCGGAACCAGUCUCUGCAGGCCAGGAACGUGGUCCUUCUUGACCUGUCUGGGAAUGGUCUUCAAGAGCUACCACUGCGCUUCUUUGCCCUCCUGGGAAAGCUGGAGGUCCUAGAUGUGACAAACAACCCGCUGGACCGAGUGGACAGGGCACUGGCCAUGCGCUGUAAACUUGACCUGAAGGCUGACUGCAGCUGUGUCCUAGAAUCCUGGCACCAGGUCAGACAGGACAACUGCUCUGGCCAGCUGCCUCUGUUGUGCCUGGACACAGCUACUGGUGCCUGGCACAAUAUCUCUACCUUCCUGGAGGUUGGCUGCCCCCCUGGCCUGUCCGUGAUGACCAUUGGGGCACUGGUGGCUGGUUGUAGCCUGCUCCUUGGGCUCACCAUUGCUGGCCUAGUGCUGGCCUGGAGACUUCGGGGACGCUGGAUGGUCAGCAGCCACGACCUGGACAAAACAUGGGCUGCUCAGGAUGGUUCCAGGUCUGGCUUGGGCAAGCAGCCGAGGUAUAGUAGCCGAGGCCUCAGCCCUAAGCCCCCAGAGGCUGUCCUGCCCAGACCCUCCACACCCGACUAUGAGAAUGUGUUCGUGGGCCAGCCAGCUACCAGGCACCAGUGGGCCGAACAGGGGGCCCACCCAUCAGAGGAUAGCGACUUCUACAUGAAUUAUGAGGGCCUCGACCGUGCCUCCCAGCCUGUCUACUGCAAUCUGCGGUCAUUGGACCGAGCCCCACUGGACGAAGAGGAGUAUGUGAUCCCCGGGCACUGAGUCUUUGGUGCCCUGAACUCACACCUGCUGCCUUCCAGCUGACUGGGAGCAUUCUGGCUCUUCCCUGGCCUCCGUUUUCCCACCUGAGGAAUGGGGACAGAGAAGGACCGUCCCUAAAGCCCCAGGGAGGCUCUGUAUCUCCCUCUCCAGCCCCCCGCUCUGCUUCUCACCUCCCGCAGCUGCUGGAAGGGGAAGAGGAGAGGCCCUGGUAUGGGGACAGGAGGGUCAAUUUGUGAAUGCCAUUGUCACCCUCCUGGGAGAGUACUAGACGUGCUCAAUAAAUACUGCAGGGCUGACAAGGC